CAUGAUAGAUUCUCAAAUCUCUUCUUUUUAAACCCCAUGGCCUCUUCAAUUCACUCCACACACAUAACACACAAUUUAUAACAUAACACACACCAUUUCAUUUAGUGAAGGAGGCAAUUAAGUUUGAAUAGGGGCCGGCAUCCUGAUCACAUAUGGGUGCUUAUCAUCAUCAAGAUCACCACCUUCUUCAUCCACCCCCCCAAUUUGAACCAAUAUCAAAAUGCAAACCCGAAGGGAGAUCGAACCAAACGGUCGCGUCGGAUCUAGACGGCACCCUAUUGCUCUCGACAAGUGCAUUCCCUUACUUCUUCUUGGUUGCCCUAGAAGCCGGAAGCCUCUUCCGAGCGGUCCUCCUCCUCGCGUCGGUCCCCUUCGUCUACUUCUCUUAUGUGUUUGUGUCCGAACCCUUAGCCAUUGAGACGUUCGUGUUCAUCGCCUUCGCGGGCCUCAAGAUCAAAGACAUCGAGACCGUGUCGAGGGCAGUUUUGCCCAAGUUUUACGCCGAGGACGUCAAUCCCCAGACGUGGAAGGUUUUCAAUUCUUGUAAGAAAAAGUACAUCGUCACGGCCAACCCGAGGAUCAUGGUGGAAUACUUCGCCAAGAACUUUCUGGGGGCAGAUAAAGUUCUUGGCACUGAGUUGGAGGUGACCAAAUCAGGACGUGCCACUGGGUUCGUUAAGAGCCCAGGGGACGUUCUGGUUGGGGAGCGGAAGAGGGCCGCCGUCAUCCACGAAUUCGGACCCCAUAACCUGCCGGAUUUAGGCCUCGGUGAUAGAGUUACCGAUUGUGACUUUAUGUCCCUUUGUAAGGAAGCGUACAUGGUCCCACGAACCAAAUGCGAGCCGUUGCCGAGAAAUCAGCUCCUCGGCGCCGUCAUUUUCCACGACGGCCGUUUGGUGCAACGGCCGACGCCGUUAGUGGCACUGCUGACGCUGUUAUGGAUGCCCGUCGGAAUAGCCCUCUCCAUCCUCAGGGUCUACAUCAACAUCCCCUUGCCCGAAAGAAUCGCCCGUUACAGUUACCUCAUCCUCGGCAUCAAAAUCGUCGUCAAGGGCACCCCGCCGCCGCCUCCCAAGCCCGGCCACCCCGGAGUCCUCCUCGUCUGCAACCACCGCACGGUCCUGGACCCCGUCGUCACGGCGGUCGCGCUCGGCCGGAAGAUCAGCUGCGUCACCUACAGCAUCAGCAAGUUCUCCGAGAUGAUCUCGCCGAUCAAGGCGGUGGCCCUCUCGAGGGAGCGGGAGCGGGACGCCGCCGACAUCAAGCGGCUCCUCGAGGAGGGCGAUUUGGUCAUUUGCCCCGAGGGGACCACGUGCCGGGAGCCGUUCCUGCUCCGGUUCAGCGCGCUCUUCGCGGAGCUGACCGACAGGAUCGUGCCCGUGGCGGUCAACACACGGCAGAGCGUGUUCUACGGGACCACGGUGCGGGGCCACAAGGUUCUGGACCCGUACUUUGUGUUCAUGAACCCGAGGCCCACGUACGAGAUCACGUUCUUGGAACAGUUGCCACCCGAGCAAACUUGCCGAGCGGGCAAGUCGGCGAUCGAGGUGGCGAACUACAUACAGAGAGUGUUGGGGGGAACAUUGGGGUUCGAGUGUACGAGCCUGACUAGGAAGGACAAGUACACGAUCAUGGCCGGGACAGAUGGCCGUAUUGUUCGCCCCCACAACCUCAAAAAGGACGAGGAUGGGGAGGACAAGUUAAAGAAAUGAAUUAAUUAUUUACAAUUAGUUUUGAAUUAAAUUAAAUUUAAGAAAAGAAAAUCACUGUUUUUUUUAGUUAUUAAACGGAGUACAUCCUUAUUAAACAUUGUAAGAAAAAACAAAAUGCAUAAUAUGCAUAAUAAAAUGUACUCCGACCCCUAUGUAUGUAUAAGCAAUUGUAUUGAUUGGCCCAUAUAAUAGUUUUUAGAAUUGAACCCAUCAAUGUUUUUUUUACUUGUUCAUUGGUCAAACCAAUUAAUGGUUUAAAAAGUGGUCGAACCGAUAAUAUAUUUAUACACUUUGA